UGGCGGCGCGCGGACGGCUGGGCGGGCGCCGUCCAGGUCCGAGGCUACCUCCUGGCCACCUCCUGCCUUGUCGGGGCUCGUGGCGCCUCCGGGAAAGCUGCGGCCCCGAAGACGGAUCCGAGAUAACUCUUCUUCCUCCAUUUCACCUCUGCAACCCUUUGGACAGCCAGUUCCACAAGCAAAGUCCAGGUCUUUUUCAAGAACAUAUGAUUGAAAGCUGCGAUGAAUGGUCAUAUUUCUAAUCAUCCCAGUGGUUUUGGAAUGUAUGCAUCUCAAAUGAAUGGCUACGGAUCAUCACCCACCUUUUCCCAGAUGGACAGAGAACAGAGUUCAAAAACAAGUGCAAAGGCUCUUUAUGAACAAAGGAAGAACUACGCACGUGACAGUAUCAGCAGUGUAUCAGAUAUAUCCCAAUACCGUGUUGAACACUUGACUACCUUCGUUCUGGAUCGGAAAGAUGCUAUGAUAACUAUUGAUGAUGGGAUAAGGAAGCUGAAAUUGCUUGAUGCCAAGGGCAAAGUGUGGACUCAGGAUAUGAUUCUUCAAGUGGAUGACAGAGCCGUGAGCCUGAUCGAUUUAGAAUCAAAGAAUGAACUGGAGAAUUUUCCUUUAAACACAAUCCAGCACUGCCAAGCUGUGAUGCACUCCUGUAACUAUGACUCUAUUCUUGCCCUGGUGUGCAAAGAGCCAACUCAGAACAAACCCGACCUUCAUCUUUUCCAGUGCGAUGAGAUUAAGGCCAACCUGAUCACUGAAGAUAUUGAAAGUGCCAUCAGUGACAGCAAAGGAGGCAAACAGAAGCGGCGGCCUGAUGCCUUGAGGAUGAUUUCCAAAGCAGACCCUGGUAUACCGCCUCCACCCAGAGCUCCUGCCCCUGUACCCCCGGGGACUGUUACCCAGGUGGACGUCAGAAGUCGGGUGGCAGCCUGGUCUGCGUGGGCAGCUGACCAAGGGGACUAUGAGAAACUAAGGCAGUAUCAUGGGCACGAAGAAACCCCUGAGAUGAUGGCAGCCCGAAUCGACAGAGAUGUGCAAAUCUUAAACCACAUUUUGGAUGACAUUGAAUUUUUUAUCACAAAACUUCAAAAAGCAGCUGAAGCAUUUUCUGAGCUUUCUAAAAGGAAGAAAACUAAGAAAGGUAAAAGGAAAGGACCAGGAGAGGGUGUUUUAACUCUGCGGGCAAAACCUCCACCUCCUGAUGAAUUUAUUGACUGUUUUCAAAAGUUUAAACAUGGAUUUAACCUCCUGGCCAAAUUGAAAUCUCAUAUUCAGAAUCCUAGUGCUACCGAUUUGGUUCAUUUUUUAUUUACUCCAUUAAAUAUGGUGGUGCAGGCAACAGGAGGUCCUGAACUAGCCAGUUCAGUACUCAGUCCCCUAUUGACUAAAGACACAAUUGAUUUCUUAAAUCAUACUGUCAAUAUCGAUGAAAGGCAGCUAUGGAUGUCACUGGGAGAAACUUGGAUGAAAGCCAGAGCAGAGUGGGGAAAAGAGCAAUUCAUUCCACCGUAUGUGCCACGGUUCCGCAAUGGCUGGGAGCCCCCGCUGCUGAACUUCAUGGGGGCUCCGGUGGAACAAGACCUCUAUCCGCUGGCUGGCACAGGGGCCAGCGUCACGGAGCAUCAACACAGACGUGACACAAAAAGAUACCCCUCAGAGCAAUCCAGUGUAUCAGAGUAUCUUCCACCUCCACCUGAUGGGUAUGCAUCCAGUAACCUUUACACAAGAGGGCCCCAUCUGGACCAAGGGGAAGCUGCUGUUGCUUUUAAGCCACCUCCUAACCGCCACGUAGAUAGAAAUUAUGAUCCACACAUAACACAACCCAAGAAAUAUGCCAAAUCCAAGUACGACUUUGUGGCAAGGAACAACAGUGAGCUCUCAGUUCUGAAGGAUGAUAUUUUAGAGAUCCUGGAUGAUAGGAAGCAAUGGUGGAAAGUUCGAAAUGCAAAUGGAGAAUCUGGAUUUGUGCCAAAUAACAUUUUGGAUAUUGUGAGACCUACAGAAUCUGGAUUAGGGCGUGCCGAUCCACCGUACACACAUACCAUACAGCUGUUGAUGCCAAAGAAGGAGUUUGAGUUAUUCAAGCAAUUACUUGGUGAGCUGUCAGAGAAACAAAGGAUGGAGUAUGGUCCAAGAACAUCUGACCCCCCCUCUGCUCCAUCACCUCCUCCAACACCAGCUCCUGUUCCUGUCCCCCUCCCACCGACGACUCCAGCCCCUGUUCCUGUGUCAAAGGCCCCCGCAAAUGUUACCCGGCAGAACAGCAGCUCCAGUGACAGUGGUGGCAGCAUUGUGCGCGACAGCCAGAGGCACAAACAGCUUCCUGUGGACCGAAGGAAAUCUCAGAUGGAGGAGGUGCAGGAUGAGCUCAUCCACAGGCUGACCAUCGGUCGGAGUGCCGCCCAGAAGAAGUUCCACGUGCCACGGCAGAACGUGCCAGUUGUCAACAUCACUUAUGACUCCACACCGGAGGAUGUGAAGACGUGGUUGCAGUCAAAGGGGUUCAGCCCUGUGACUGUCAACAGUCUUGGAGUAUUAAACGGUGCACAACUUUUCUCUCUCAAUAAAGAUGAACUGAAGACAGUCUGCCCUGAAGGGGCCAGAGUCUUUAACCAAAUCACUGUACAGAAAGCUGCAUUAGAGGAUAGCAGCGGCAGCUCUGAACUGCAAGAAAUCAUGCGGAGACGGCAGGAGAAAAUCAGUGCUGCAGCCAGUGAUUCAGGAGUGGAGUCUUUUGAUGAGGGAAGCAGUCACUAAUUUCUUUCUUUGUUUUUAAACUCCAUUUAAAUUUUUGGCAUUAUUCCAACGUGCUUUGUUUUAAGAAGCCAUGAAGGGAAUGUCAGAUUUUUAUCUCUUGGUAGACUUUAUUUAUCGCCAUAAAAAUAACAAUGCAAACAUAAGUAAGUAGAGGACGCGCUUCUGGACCCAUUAUUUUAAUUGAAACAACAAUUUUAAAUAGAAUUUUUUGCCAUUGGGAAAUAUUUUGUUUACUUAAUCAAGGUGAGGUUUUCUUUGUUGGAUUAAUUAUUUCGCCCUCAUCUCGGUGUAUAGGCAGGUAUUUUUGAUGGUGGCGAAUUUAAGUAUUGCAUCAAAACAAAGAUACUGCCCAUGAUUCAAAAUCUUAACAAUCUCAGAUUUGCCUGUGACGAUGGUGUGUGUCACUUGAGGGCGUAGUUACCUUAGGCUAGCCUCUGCUUACUUGGGUCUCUUGUUUGACAUAGUCAGUGAUAAAAUAUUUCGAUUUAUUUAAAGUUCUUAAUGCCAACACUUAAAAAAAAAUCAGUACAUUUAAUGAACUGUAAAAGUACGACAAGGCCUUGAACAUGCAAAUAUAAACCUAUGGAGCAUUCCCAAGACAUUGUAUUUGCCAUGGCUCUGUUGAUUACAAUUCCUUGUAUAGCUUGUAUUUUGGUUUAGCUUAUAUUCUGUUUGUUACUUAUUCUGGGUUCUUAUAUAUAAGAAAGCACAAGUGUAAAAAGAGGUCAUAUAUACUCAAACUAUGUCACAGGAAGUAACCUGCAUUGGUGUGAGUUGCAGUAUUUUGCUUAAUGAAAGUCUCAGUUCGAAUAUUGAUAUUAGUAGUUAGAAGGAAAUUGGGGCCAUUUUAUGUGUUUAUCUGUGUCAAGUUUUUCUGGUAAUAAGAAACACUUAAAUUACACCUGUGUUAAUCCUGUGAAAGAUUCUAGAUAUAGAAAGAAAGAUACUUAACCUUCAACAAAUGUUAUUUUUGGAAACACGAUUUUUGUCAUUAAAUGUUAUAUUAUUUCACAUAUAUAAAACAGAUGUUAUGUAAGAAUGUUGUAUAUUUUAACAUAAAUCCAUGUAGAGAGAUUAUCUAGAUUCAUUAAUUUUCAUAGUGCCUUUUUCACAUGAGUCAGCUGGAAAGUCUGCAAUAAACAGUAUUUGCUGUAUGUUAAUAAAUGGCUUUUGCGUCAUUGGCUAAAGAGUUCUUUGAUAUAUAGCCUGGGAAUCAAGGUUGAGUGGAAUGGAAAAAAUAGAGGCUCAGUCUUUUGUUUUUAAAACUGAUUUUCAGUGUAUUUUUGAGUGGGUAGAAACCUCUCUAGAAUACUUUCUUCAAUUGUUUCUCUUCUUUUCACCUCUCUUAUUCCAUCGUCUCUUCCUUCCAUUGUCUAGUCUCAGUAGUUAAAACAAAUUUACACAGCACUUAUGAUUACUGAGUGCUUCACAGAAAUACUUUGUUAGCUAUCUACUAUAAUUCUGUGUUGUAUUUUAUAGGCAAGGAAAUUCUCCUCAAAUCAUGAGGGAUAUGAGAGCCUCCCAUUUUCCAUUUCUCAAUCUCUCCAUAAUGUUUCACUCAGAUAAGGUGAAACAAACAUGAGAAUGAUAAAGAAUUAUUGUAGAUAUUUUCCAUUUCAUGAGCACAGAUUCACAUUUAUCACUUAGCCCUUAUUGAAAAUAUCUGAAGAUGUAAGGAUAAGAUAAAAGAAAAAUUAGAAGAAACCAAGUGUAACGUAGCAUAGCUGAUAUUAAAAGAACUGGUAUAAUUUACAACUGUGUCUUUAUGCUGUAAAAUUCCAAAGGAAAAUAUCACAGUAGUAACUGCAGGAAGCAGUUACCUCCCACAGCACUGUGGAGACAAAAGAGUUGGGAUUGAUGGAAUUUCGAAUCUCGAGGGAGAGGCCCUAUAGAGUUUGGAUCCAGACAUCUGGGGAGUUUGGCCACUGGUACCUGUGACGUUUGGAGGAAAGACCCCAUGCUGGUGCUGUUGCGUUACAAAUUCAGAAAAGAAUUCAACUGAGAGACUAGUUCAGCAGAUCCACGGAGCUGGGACUCCGCCCUCCGGGGAGCGCACGCCCUCCAGCUGGUCCUUGAAUUUCUGAGGGGGUACAGUGAGGCUGCUUCUGGGGAUGUGGGGAAAACCAAACCAGCUGGUAACUGGAACUGACUGGGAAUCAGUUGCUACUUAUAGAAUGAAGAACC